UAGAGAGGGCUAAGGAGUCGCUAGAGCGAAGAUGUCGGACAGCGAGGACAGCAACUUCUCCGAGGAGGAGGACAGCGAGCGCAGCAGUGACGGCGAGGAGGCCGAGGUAGAGGAGGAGUGGAGUGCAGCGGGCAGUGAGAAGGAGGAAGAGCCCGAGGAGGAAGAGGAGGAAGAGUAUGAUGAGGAAGAGGAGGAGGAAGAUGACGACCAGCCCCCCAAGAAACCCCGCCAUGGCAGCUUCAUUCUGGAUGAGGCUGAUGUGGAUGAUGAGUAUGAGGAUGAGGACCAGUGGGAGGAUGGAGCAGAGGACAUCCUGGAGAAAGAAGAGAUUGGAGCCUCCAACAUCGACAAUGUUGUUCUGGAUGAAGACCGGUCUGGGGCUCGCCGCCUGCAAAACCUCUGGAGGGACCAGCAAGAAGAAGAACUGGGCGAGUAUUACAUGAAGAAAUACGCCAAGUCAUCUGUGGGAGAGACGGUGUAUGGAGGGUCUGAUGAGCUCUCGGAUGACAUCACCCAGUAGCAGCUGCUCCCAGGAGUCAAGGAUCCCAAUCUGUGGACUGUCAAACGUAAGAUUGGGGAGGAACGGGCCACAGCCAUUUCCUUGAUGUGCAAGUUCAUUGCCUACCAGUUCACAGACACGCCCCUGCAGAUCAAGUCGGUGGUGGCACCAGAGCACGUGAAGGGUUACAUCUACGUGGAGGCCUACAAGCAGACCCAUGUGAAGCAGGCCAUCGAGGGUGUGGGCAACCUGCGGCUCAGCUACUGGAACCAGCAGAUGAUGCCCAUCAAGGAGAUGAUGGAUGUGCUCAAAGUGGUGAAGGAGGUGGCCAACCUGAAACCCAAAUCCUGGGUCCGCCUCAAGCGGGGCAUCUACAAGGAUGACAUUGCUCAGGUAGGCGAGCUCAUCAACCUGCAGGGCAAGAUCCUCAGUGUGGAUGGCAACAAGAUCACCAUCAUGCCCAAGCACGAGGACCUCAAGGACAUGCUGGAGUUCCCAGCCCAGGAACUUCGCAAGUACUUCAAGAUGGGGGACCACGUGAAGGUGAUCGCUGGUCGGUUUGAGGGUGACACAGGCCUCAUCGUGCGGGUGGAGGAGAACUUCGUCAUCCUCUUCUCUGACCUCACCAUGCACAAGCUGAAGGUGCUCCCCCGGGACCUGCAGCUCUGCUCGGAGAUGGCAUCAGGUGUGGAUGUCGGGGGCCAGCACGAAUGGGGGGAGCUGGUGCAGCUGGACCCCCAGACCGUGGGUGUCAUCAUGCGACUGGAGCGGGAGACCUUCCAGGUGCUGAACAUGUAUGGGAAGGUGGUGACUGUCAGGCACCAGGCUGUGAUCCGGAAGAAAGACAACCGCUUUGCCGUGGCCCUGGACUCAGAACAGAAUAAUAUCCAUGUGAAGGACAUCGUCAAAGUCAUUGAUGGCCCCCACUCGGGCCGGGAAGGCGAGAUUCGCCAUCUCUUCCGCAGCUUCACCUUCCUGCACUGCAAGAAACUGGUGGAGAACGGCGGCAUGUUUGUCUGCAAGACCCGCCACCUGGUGCUGGCAGGGGGCUCGAAGCCUCGAGAUGUGACCAACUUCACAGUAGGAGGCUUCGCCCCUAUGAGCCCCCGGAUCAGCAGCCCUAUGCACCCCAGUGCUGGAGGUCAGAGCGGUGGCUUUGGCAGCCCAGGUGGUGGCGGUGGUGGCAUGAGCAGGGGCCGAGGGCGGAGAGACAACGAGCUCAUCGGCCAGACUGUGCGCGUCUCCCAGGGGCCCUACAAAGGCUACAUCGGUGUGGUAAAGGAUGCCACGGAGUCCACUGCCCGCGUGGAGCUGCACUCCACCUGCCAGACCAUCUCUGUGGGCCGCCAGCUCCUCACCACCGUGGGCUCACGGCGCCCAGGCGGCAUGGCCUCGGCCUACGGGCGGACACCCAUGUAUGGCUCCCAGACGCCCAUGUACGGCUCUCAGACGCCCCUCCAGGAUGGCAGCCGCACUCCUGCCCAGAGUGGGGCCUGGGAUCCAAACAAACCCAACACACCGUCACGGGCUGAGGAAGAAUAUGAGUGUGCCUUUGAUGAUGAGCCUACCCCAUCCCCACAGGCCUACGGGGGCACCCCCAACCCCCAAACACCUGGCUACCCAGACCCCUCGUCCCCGCAGGUCAACCCACAGUACAACCCACAGACUCCAGGGACACCAGCCAGGUACAACACAGACCAGUUUUCCCCCUAUGCGGCCCCCUCCCCGCAAGGCUCCCACCAGCCCAGCCCCAGCCCUCAGAGCUACCACCAGGUGGCGCCAAGUCCAGCAGGCUAUCAGAAUACCCAGUCCCCAGCCAGCUACCACCCCACACCCUCGCCAAUGGCAUAUCAGGCCAGCCCCAGCCCGAGCCCCGUGGGCUACAGUCCGAUGACACCUGGAGCUCCUUCCCCUGGUGGCUACAACCCGCACACGCCGGGCUCAGGCAUUGAACAGAACUCCAGCGUCUGGGUGACCACUGACAUCCAGGUGAAGGUGCGGGACACCUACCUGGAUACACAGGUGGUGGGGCAGACGGGAGUCAUCCGCAGUGUCACGGGAGGCAUGUGCUCUGUGUACCUGAAAGACAGUGAGAAGGUCGUCAGCAUCUCCAGUGAGCACCUGGAGCCCAUCACCCCCACCAAGAACAACAAGGUGAAGGUGAUCCUGGGUGAGGAUCGGGAAGCCACAGGUGUCCUGCUGAGCAUCGAUGGUGAGGAUGGCAUUGUCCGCAUGGACCUUGACGAACAGCUCAAGAUCCUCAACCUCCGCUUCCUGGGGAAGCUCCUGGAGGCCUAAAAGCAGGCAGGGUGGACUCUGGCAGAUAACCUGGCAGAUGGAGAGCAUCCCUCUUUCCUUCCCUGGCCCUUGGCUCUGACUCCGGAUCCAGGGCCAGGAGCAGGGCUAGCCUGGUGGUUCAGGAUUUCUUUUAUUUUCCUUUCUGCGUUCCUAUCUCCCUCCCUGAUAUUCAUGGGAAUCUGAGUAGAGUCUGGGGAGGGUCCCCACCUUCUUAUUCCCCACCUCCUCCAGCAUGCUUUUGUGUUACGGUCUUUCAAUAAAAAACUGUUUGGU